GACUAAGAGUUAACACCCACCCUUUGCACCGCGGGUUUGUGAAAAUGCCAGCGCAAUGGUAGAUAAGUGAAGUGUGUUGAAACAUGCCCUCCCUACUCAGAGCAACAGCGUCAGACGACGACUUGUGGGGAAAAAAAAAGGACAUGAAACGCGCUGCCGCUCUCCUUUAUAUAUAGCACGGGGCGCACCAAGUAUAAAUAAUGGGGGGGGGGGUGCGGAAUUUUUACUAUUUCUAUGGCCCUCUUAUUUUUUUCCUAUUAUCACGUGGACUCCUGUACCCCACUGAAGAAGAGACAGCGAGAAGCGGGGGACAAGGAUCAGCAAACCAGUGACCCCUCUAACACACACACCAAGAAGACCACCGACUGGAAAAGGCAAUACUUUCAAAAGGGGCAAAGGAUUUUCAAAGGAGACCACCUGUGUUAAAAACAGGAAUUGCCUACCACCAAGGUUUCUGAUUGGAUUAUUCUAAAGUGGAUUUUGGAUGCGUUCCCCAAAAACAGAUGGAGCCCCCUGCCUUGGAUGACUUAUAUAUGUCUAUAUCAGGGCUUGCUUUUCUGACUGAGCAAAUCCUAAAUAUUUACAGAGGGGAGGCGAAAUGAUCCUCGGCAGGUUUGACAAGCGCUGCUUAUGCCUCUGAUCUGUUUAGCAUAGAUACGUACAGAUGUAUGCGCUGUAUUGCCUGAGUCUGAAGGCAUUGGGAGAUUGUGCCUUGUUGCUGCAUGAAGCUGCCAGGGCACAGCAAAUGCACAGACUACUUUGCAUGGAGAUACAAGUGACUGGAGGUGGGCAAGCUAGAAACUGUCAGAACCCUUCUGUUUGCCUGCAGCUGAAGGUUACAGCUGGAGGAGGUGGUGGAGGGGAGUUGUUAGUAGGGGAAAAAGUCCCAGACAAACUCUAUAUCAACAACAUGGCUUCCCCUGUGAACCAGCAGCUGCUGCAUCAUACCGAGGUUAGGUGUGAUGGGAGUGGGGACUGCAGUAGCGUGACAGUGAGAAUUAAUAGGCAACACCACCAAGGGCCAUCCAGGCGUUGCAAGUACAGUAUUUCAUCUAGCUGCAGUUCAGGAGAGUCUGGAGUUAAAAAGGCUGGAGGCUCCGGGGGUGCUCGAAAGAAAAAAAAGCUCCCUCAGUUGUUUGAGAGGUCCACAUCAAAGUGGUGGAACCCUAAAUUUGAUUCCAAUAAUCUAGAGGAGGCCUGUGUGGAAAGGUGCUUCCCUCAGACCCAGCGCAGGUUCCGUUAUGCUCUCAUGUACCUCUCUGUGGCUGGGUUGCUAUGGAGCAUCUACUUUAGUGUUCACAUGAAGACUGAGCUUGUUAGUCACUUGGUACCUACCCUGUGCUUCCUUAUAGUGUGCCUAGCUUUUUUUUUCUUUACUUUUACAAAGUCCUAUGCCCGCCAUUGCACAUCAGUUUCCUUACUUGUUACUGUGCUGGUUUUUGCGUUGACUUUGGCUUCUCAGUUCCAGGUACUAAGCCCUGGUUUAAGUAGUGACAGUCUGUCAAACCUUACAUCCUUUUCAGCAACAGGUUCCUCCUCUUGUCUCUCUCAGGUGGGCAGUUUCUCCAUCUGUGUGGAGGUCCUGCUUCUCCUCUACACAGUCAUGCACUUGCCUCUGUACCUCAGUGCCUGCCUUGGUGUUGCUUACUCCAUUCUAUUUGAAACAUUUGGGUAUUACUUUAGAGAUGAAAGCUGUUUUACUCUGCUAGUAGGCAGGAUGGUCCACUGGGAGCUUCUCAGCAAAGCACUGCUGCAUGUUUGCAUUCAUGCUAUAGGCGUUCAUCUUUUCAUAAUGUCUGAGGUCCGAUCUCGUAGCACCUUCUUAAAAGUUGGCCAGUCCAUUAUGCAUGGCAAGGAUUUGGAAGUGGAGAAAGCACUUAAAGAGAGGAUGAUUCAUUCAGUUAUGCCAAGAAUCAUUGCAGAUGACUUAAUGAAACAGGGAGAUGAUGAAAGUGAAAACUCUGUGAAGCGCCACUCAGCAUCCAGCCCUAAAAGCCGCAAAAAGAAGUCCUCUAUUCAGAAAACACCUAUCAUCUUUAGACCUUUCAAGAUGCAGAGGAUUGAGCAGGUGAGCAUUCUUUUUGCAGACAUUGUUGGAUUUACCAAGAUGAGUGCCAACAAGUCAGCUCAUGCCUUAGUAGGGCUCCUCAAUGACCUUUUUGGUCGUUUUGACCACCAGUGCGAGGAGACUAAAUGUGAAAAAAUUAGCACUCUUGGCGAUUGCUAUUAUUGUGUGGCAGGGUGCCCUGAGCCAAGACCAGACCAUGCUUAUUGCUGCAUUGAGAUGGGGCUUGGAAUGAUUGAGGCAAUUGAGCAAUUUUGCCAGGAAAAGAAAGAGAUGGUUAACAUGCGUGUUGGUGUACACACUGGUACGGUUCUGUGUGGUAUCCUUGGAAUGAGAAGGUUCAAGUUUGAUGUUUGGUCAAAUGAUGUCAAUUUGGCGAACCUGAUGGAACAGCUUGGAGUUGCUGGCAAAGUGCACAUUUCGGAAAAAACUGCUAGAUACUUGGAUGAUCGCUACUUAAUGGAGGACAGUAUGGUGGUGGAACGUUUGGGACAGAUUGUGGCCACUGAUCAACUAAAAGGAUUAAAGACAUUCCUGAUCUCCGGGCGCAGGCCUCGUGUGUCCAGUUGCAGCUGCUCCCAGACCCUGCUGCCGGUACAAGAGGGGGCCGACCCCAGCAGCCCUUCCUUAGCCCCCCAUCUCCAAACAGCAAUCGGUGAGACCUGCGACAGUCUCCCUAACUGCACUCAGCCGGAGAUACUCAAGAGCUGUCCUUCCUGCGGAGAAUCCGCGGCCCGAGAUGGCCCUGAAGAAGGCGUGUCUGCUGCUAAUGGAGGGGGCGAGGAAUGGAAAGGAGGAGCCCCACGGCCUUCUGCCAUCGGGCGUCACUUAAAGACCCAGAACGGUCUACUGAGCCCGCCUCCAGAGGACACUCUUACCAAUAGCCAGGCUUCACUCUAUGACAUGCUCCAAGAAAAGGGCCGCUGGUGUGGCGUCAGUAUGGACCAAUCAGCUCUGCUUCCUCUCCGCUUUAAGAACAUCCGAGAGAAGACCGACGCACACUUUGUGGAGGUUAUCAAGGAAGACAGCCUGAUGAAAGAUUACUUCUUCAAGCCGCCUAUCAAUCCACUCAGCCUGAAUUUUCUGGACAAGGAGCUGGAGACGUCAUACCGAGCCAGCUAUCAGGAGGAGGUUAUGCGGAUAGCUCCAGUGAAGACCUUUGCCAGUGCCACAUUCAGCUCUUUGCUGGAUGUCCUCCUUUGCUUCUUUAUCUUUGUUCUCCUCUCUGUGGCCUGUUUCCUGAAGCCGGGCACCAAUCCCGAGCCUCCUCCAACUCUGGCACUGGUCCUGCUGUCUGUGUGUGGCCUCUUGGGCUUCCUCUCAUUGCUGGUUUCUGUCAGGAUGGCAUUUUUUCUUGAAGACAUGAUGCUGUGCACUAGACGUCUCCUGGAGUUCAUCUCUGGAUGGGUCCCUCGGCAUUUUAUUGGCACUGUCCUUGUGUGUCUCCCAGCCGCGGUCAUCUUCUCGUACCUUUCUUCUGACUUCUACAACAACAUACACUACACAAUGUUCCUGUGUUCAGCCCUCGUCAUCCCAAUGGUUCAGUACUGUAACUUCUGCCAACUCAGCUCCUGGCUGCGCUCCUCCCUUGCCACCAUAGCAGGUGCCACCAUGCUCAUCCUCAUCUACCUGCCCUUGUGCCCAGAAAAGUCUCCACUGACUCCUGAGACAGACUUUGAAGCAAAUUUGAGCACAUCCAAUUCAUCCUUUGAGACUCUGUAUAACCCCAGAACUGAGCUCCCAUUCACUCUCCUUGGUCAAGAAAUAGCUGUAGCCUACUUUCUCCUCCUCCUCCUGGUGUGGUUCCUGAACCGUGAGUUUGAGGUCAGCUAUCGACUUCACUAUCAUGGAGAUGUCGAGGCCGAUCUCCAUCGCACCAAAAUCCAGAGCAUGAGAGACCAAGCGGACUGGCUUCUGAGAAACAUAAUCCCUUACCAUGUGGCCGAGCAACUGAAGGUCUCACAGAGCUACUCCAAGAACCAUGAUGAUGCAGGCGUCAUAUUUGCCAGCAUAGUCAACUUCAGCGAGUUCUACGAAGAAAACUACGAGGGAGGAAAGGAGUGCUACCGCGUCCUUAAUGAACUUAUUGGGGACUUCGAUGAGCUCCUUAGCCAACCUCAUUACUCCUGUAUUGAGAAAAUUAAAACCAUUGGAGCUACAUACAUGGCUGCUUCAGGACUUAACCCGUCCCAAUGUCAAGACAGCAGCCAACCGCACCUCCACCUGCAGACCCUCUUUGAGUUUGCCAAGGAAAUGAUGAGUGUGGUGGACGAAUUUAACAACAAUAUGCUAUGGUUUAACUUCAAGUUACGCAUUGGCUUUAACCAUGGGCCACUGACAGCUGGUGUGAUUGGGACCACCAAGCUGCUCUACGAUAUCUGGGGGGACACAGUGAACAUUGCCAGCAGAAUGGACACGACGGGUGUGGAGUGCCGUAUCCAGGCUAGUGAGGAAAGCUACAGGGUGCUGGUCAAAAUGGGUUACGAUUUUGAUUAUAGGGGAACGGUCAAUGUCAAGGGGAAAGGACAGAUGAAGACCUACCUAUUCCCCAAGUGUACGGACAAUGGUGGCCUGGUCCCGCACCAUCAGCUGUGCAUCUCUCCUGACAUCCGUGUUCAGGUCGAUGGAAGCAUCGGCCGCUCUCCCACUGAUGAAUUAAGUAGCUUGGUGACAGGAGGAAAAGGGGCAGUAGAAUCGGGAAGCGGGGAAGCAGGACGAAAAAGAGAGAAGCCAGAGGAGAGGGGCCGCGAUGGUGGAGCACGGUGAACAUGGACCAUGGAUAGAAUCCACCUUCUCUCAUGCUGGAGACUGGCAGUCCAGGGAGGGGUAACUGAGAUAGCUUACAGACCUCCUACCUCUCUUUAAGAGUUCCAUAAGCCGACAAUACAGUUGGCCCACGAUUGUCAUCUACAUAAAUGGCUUCCUUCAUCCUUCCCGGCUGCAUCUCUAGACUUUCAUUGUGGAUUUAACAUCUCUUGUCUUAAGUGGAUUUUACUUCUUCUUCUGUUGGGAAAGAGUCAUGUUAUCGGUUAGACCCACUUGGGUCGAGGGUUUCUAAAUUCACCUUUAGCCAUCACAGGCUGGAGAAGAGGCUCCUUCUGUAGUCAAGGUUGGCUCUUCAGCUGCCUUACUUUCAUGGAAGGGGGAGGCCUACAAUGAGACUCCUGUUUAGACACUGGGCCUUCUUUCAGUUUAUACUGCUUUUACGUACAUCAAGGGAGAGGCUUCUAUUUUACGUUCACUUCUGAGGGAGGUAACAACAUGGCUGAUUUCAUAUAUAUACUGUAUAUAUAUAUACAGGCUGAAAACUUCAUCCACCAUUGCCCAUCCCCCAUACUGAGGAUUGAACUAAGUGCCUUCUGCUCUCUACAGAUCCUCCGCCCAGAAGAGAGAUCAGCGACACCUUAUCACAAUUCUCGCUACCACUUGCCAAAAGCAUGAGACUCUCUGGACUACACCCCCCCACAGAGGAACAUAGGGGGUUAUUAUUUUGGGGGGGGUUGUAUUAAAAGGGGGCAGGGUGAGGAGAUUCUUUCAUUAUUACAGUAAGACAAAACGAUUGUAGUGUGUUUUCAUUAACACUUUAGCCGUCUCCUUGGUAUUGUUAGAAGUGUCGCCUCCUGCAGGAAUGGUGGAGCAACAUGCAGAGAUUCAAGGUUUGUCUAAAUAUUACCAUAACAAAAUUGUAUUUAAUAUUAUUUUUUGUUGUUGCCAUAGCAGAACAAUGUAUUACUGUAUCUCUGGCUGAAAAGGUUCCUUAAUCAUGCAAAAAUCACCUUUUAUUGGUAGGGAUGCACCGAAUCCAGGAUUCGGUUCGGGAUUCAGCCUUUUUCAAGGGAUACUGUCAUGGGAAAAUAUGUUUUUUUCAAAAUGCAUCAGUUAAUAGU